AAACACAAAUCUAUUUUAGGCUAUAUUAGGCCCGUAGUUGUAUUGGGCUUUACGAAUUCAUGGCCCAUAAAGCCCGCUCUUAUUCUUUGCAGUUUUCUCCAAUUUGAGUAGUAUAGCUCCUCCAUUCUUCAAGAAACUGCACACGAAAAACAGUUGCCACAUCAAAAUCACAAAUUAUCGAUCAAUCAAUCUCUUUUUUCCCGCAUAGGUGAGCACACGCUGCUCUGACACAUUGUUUGAAGAAUCGGAAAUUCAAUUUCACGCCAUUUGCUUAAAAUGGGGGUAUAUCUGAGCACUCCCAAGACUGAAAAGAUCUCAAACGACGGUGAGAACGACAUGCUUAGAUUCGGAUUAUCAUCCAUGCAGGGAUGGCGAGCAACAAUGGAAGAUGCUCAUGCUGCAUUCUCUCAUUUGGAUGAUUCGACUUCUUUCUUUGGAGUUUAUGAUGGCCAUGGGGGUGAAGAAGUUUCCAAAUUUUGUGCGAAGUUUCUUCAUCAACAGGUGCUAGGGAGUGAUGCAUAUGCAGCCGGCGAUCUGGAAACAUCUCUUAGAAAGGCCUUCCUAAGAAUGGAUGAAAUGAUGUGUGGAAUUAAUGGACGGAAAGAGUUGGCAACAUUAAGGGGCAAAGGGGACCAACCAAAGGCUAAGGAAGAUAAUGACCAAACAGACUACUGGUCUUCUGAGAAGGGAAAUCACUCUGCUAAUAAGGGUCCAAGUGCUGGAAGUACUGCUUGUGUUGCAGUGAUCCGAAAUAACCAACUGCUUGUUGCAAAUGCGGGCGACUCUCGAUGCGUCAUGUCUCGGAACGGAGAGGCACAUGAAAUGUCCAAGGAUCAUAAACCAGAUCUUGAUCAUGAGAAGAGAAGGAUAUUGGAGGCCGGUGGUUAUGUACAACAUGGGCGGGUCAAUGGGAGCCUGAACUUGUCAAGGGCUAUUGGUGAUAUGGAAAUGAAGCAAAACAAAUCAUUGCCUGCAGAACAGCAAAUUGUGACAGCAGACCCAGAUAUAGUUACUGUUGAGCUUUCUGAAGAUGAUGAUUUUCUUAUAAUCGCCUGUGACGGGAUAUGGGAUUGCAUGACAAGUGAACGAGCUGUUGAUUUCGUGAAAGAACAGCUCAAAACUGAGAAGAAGCUGUCGGUGGUGUGUGAAAAAGUACUAAGCAAUUGUUUGGCCCCGUCUUCUGGUCAAGAUGGCUGCGAUAACAUGACCAUGAUCUUGGUUCAAUUCAAAAAACCUCUCGAGGUAAAAAAAUCGCCCUCCAACGAGGAACUGCCUCUGCCGUUAGUACAGCAGUAGUACACUUCUUACCAAAAAUUCCGGGGCGACAUUAAUCUGACUUAGUCUUAAAAAACUCGUUCAGAUUACAGAUACUAGACGUUGCACAUGGUAUAUUUUUGACAGCUCUUAGUAAAUAUUGCUGCUUUUUUUAGGCAAUUAUCUUUCUGUUUUUUUUUAGGAAUGAAUCCCAAUAUUACACGACUUUUUACGAUGAGUUCGUUUCAGUUGGGCAAUUGUGACAUGUAUUGCGCAAAUAAGGGCUCAGUUAAUCAGGUUGGAAGAAUAAUAGUAGACAAUUUUUACGAACUAUCUGAAAAUCGAAAUGGUUGUUCCUUGUUUUCUCUGGUACGCUAGAUAUUUUUCUAUAUGCCAAGUGUGUUGUGGAGCCAUGAAAUUUUGGAUUUUUCGAUUAGGAAUGUGUUUGGCGUAUAAUGAUUGCGUGGUUCAAUGAACCAGACGUGAACUCGAGGUGGUCCUAAACGUGUUCGUGUAACCUUGUGAGCACUUCUAUUUUGAGAAUAGUGGAUAGGUGUUUAAGACU